AUGGGCAUGCGCAUGAGUAGCACCCGCUUCGAUCCUCCAGAUGUUACCUCGACUGAGCGUCUUAGUCCUCACUCUCACCAUCACCGUAGAUCUAGCUCCCCAGCUACCGGUCCUCGUACCAGAAGUCUUUCUCACAACCAUCAGCACGCGGCUGUUUCGGGGUCAGCAUCAGCGCUAGAUGAACCAGGUUCUAGCUCGGGCCGCCGCGCACGACGUGGUCAUGGUCACACAGGACAUAAUGUAUCUCCAGUGAUCAUGCUUGAUCGUCUCAUUGCCGACAUUGAAGCCAAUGGGGGUGUCAUUUCCCCAGACGAUCCAAGGAUUAUUCGGCUUUUAAGGGCGUACCGUGCGUCCGCCGCAGAGAGCGGGGAGGCGAGUGGUCGGGCACGUCCUCUAUCAGUACUGGAUGCUGAUGGCCUUUUUGCAGGUACAGAAGGCGCGUCCGUAAGCAGAAGCCAUCGUAGUAGAAGGAGCGGUGGUCGCCAACGCUCCUCGGCUUCCACUUCCACCGCUGUUGCUGCUGAUGAUGAAGCCCUCGAGGAGCGUCUCUCAGCCGUCCGUAGACAGGUGCUUCUUUCACUUGCCGCCGCUUCUUCCUCCUCCCCCCAUAGACGACGCCAGUGGCCAGAAAGUCUCCUCCUGCUUAGUGGUCGCGAUCGACCCUGUGUCUUCUGCAAGCGUAUGAUACCGCAUGACGACUACGAUCUCCACUAUGUCAUGUGCCUCACUCGCCCCCGUGUAACCUACAAUGAGGAUACCCUUCAAACGGACAAAGGCGAAUGCUCUAUCUGCUUGGAAGAUAUGAAGGCGGGUGAUAGAAUCGCACGGCUUCCUUGUCUUUGCAUUUACCACAAAAAAUGCAUAGAUAAUUGGUUCCAGAGGAAGCAGACAUGUCCUGAGCAUCCUGGAGACUAG